CUGAUCUCCCCAAUGAGAGCGGCCUUGGCUUUUCUCUUAAACGUAUUUCUCGGACUCUUCUUCUUUUCCCUAUAAUCUACCUAUUUUCCUCCCUCUCUUCUCCCUCUCUCCCUCUCUCUCUCAAAGAUUCUCUCAUAUUAAUGCAAUGGCUAUUGACUGCAUCACAAGCUUACCGCCCAUGCCUCACCCUCCAAAAGAAGAACAGGAAGACGACCAAAAAACACUAGUUUUUGAUGCCUCCGUACUCAGACACCAGACAAACAUUCCGCAGCAGUUCAUAUGGCCCGACCACGAGAAGCCCUGCUCUUAUGCGCCCGAGCUUGUUGUUCCCCUUGUCGACUUACGCGGCUUCCUCUCCGGCGACCCGGCUUCCGCCACGGAAGCCUCGAGACUCGUCGGCGAGGCAUGCCGGAAGCACGGCUUCUUCCUUGUUGUCAAUCACGGCGUUGAUGGUAAGCUAAUUUCCGAUGCUCAUAGCUACAUGGACGACUUUUUCCAUCUUCCCCUGUCUACAAAACAGAGCGCUCAGAGGAAGGUGGGUGAGCACUGUGGUUAUGCCAGCAGCUUCACCGGCAGAUUUUCCUCCAAGCUCCCGUGGAAGGAAACGCUUUCUUUCAGCUAUUCAGCUGACAAAAACUCAUCCAACGUUGUCAAAGAGUAUUUGCAUAAUACAAUGGGUGAAGAUUUCAACCAAUUCGGGAGGGUUUACCAGGACUACUGCGAGGCAAUGAGCACUCUUUCGCUGGGGAUCAUGGAGCUUCUUGGCAUGAGCCUGGGCGUGAGCAGAGCUCAUUUCAAGGAGUUUUUUGAGGAGAAUGAUUCAAUAAUGAGGCUCAACUACUAUCCGCCAUGCCAAAAACCAGACCUUACUUUAGGCACAGGGCCUCAUUGCGAUCCGACAUCUUUGACAAUCCUUCACCAAGACCAAGUGGGUGGCCUUCAAGUUUUUGUAGAUGAUGAAUGGCAAUCUGUAACCCCAAAUUUCAAUGCUUUUGUAGUCAACAUCGGCGACACCUUCAUGGCACUUUCAAAUGGAAGAUACAAAAGUUGCUUGCAUCGGGCAGUGGUGAACAGCAAAACUCCAAGGAAAUCUUUAGCUUUCUUUUUGUGUCCAAGAAAUGAUAAGGUGGUAAGCCCACCAAGGGAGUUGGUGGACACUGUGUGUCCACGGAUAUAUCCGGAUUUCACAUGGCCUAUGCUGCUUGAAUUCACACAGAAGCAUUACAGGGCUGACAUGAAGACCCUCGAAGUCUUUUCGAACUGGGUUCAACAGAAAAACAGCUGAAAUUCCAAGCUGACACGACCAUGUUAAUGGUCAUUUCUGCCAAAGAAAAUGACAUUGAUAAGAAGAGGGGAAAAGUGGCCAGAGAGACUUGGAGUUUUUCGUUAAAGGGGUAAGAGGAAAGACAAAGCCAAA